AUGCAGGGAGGUGAUGAAGCCAACGCAGCUGAUGAAGAUAACUAUAAAAAUAAUUCAGAUGUUAUUGUUACUUAUGCUGGACAUAGCGAAGUUAAAGACCCCAUACCUGGAAAGGAUGAAAAGACGCUAUCGGAUAUAGAUAUGGAUAAAGCAAUAAAACUCAACGAUGAGGUAGACAGAGAUACGGUUGUGAAUGAGAGAGAAAGAGAUAUACAGAGUGAUCAAACUGAAGCAAGUGAUGUAGUUUUCAUACCGAAUGAAAAGGAGGUUUUAAGGAAUGAAGAUUAUAAAAACGUUGGAAUGAAGGACUUGAUAGGUGGUACCAAUAUUGAUGGGAUUUUGCGGCAUGUGAAAGCUGAAACGGAAUCACCCAACCACGACAUAAUUUUCAUAUCAGGCAAAAAUGAAGAAAUUAUUGAAAAAACCGUUAAAGAAACGCCAAGGACACAGCAGAAAACUAGCAGUAAAAUCAAAUUGAAUUGUAAAAACUUGGAUUGUAAUAAUACAGUGAGCAGCGUGUGUGGGGGGAAAGAAGAGGAGAAGAAGUGGAAGUACCGACUGUUCAUGAACGAAUGUUAUUUUCGAAAAGUAAAUUGUGGAUUCAAAUACCCAAGUAACAGAUACAAAAUAAUGCCAAUGGAGAGUUGCAAGCAUAUUGGUGGUCGGUUUCCGAGUAGACCAUUCGUGUAUCCAGCUCGUCAGAUUGUCGCCAAUAAAUUUAAUGAAACGCGAAGAUUCUUAUCGUCUAGAAGGUCGCUGAACAUGGGUGUAGAUGGUACAUUCUGCUCCCACUCCUGUCCAAUCCAUUGUACCGAAGAGUACGACCCACAGUGUGCACUUUCCCCGACCGGACAGAGACGCGUGUUCCUGAACCAUUGCAAGCUGGAUUAUGAAUCGUGUUUUUAUAAUGCUGUGUGGCAUCGCCGCCCCCUAUCUGAAUGCGUGGGGGGCAAAAAGGCCGAUAUGAGGCAAAACAGGGGUUUCAUUGGCUGGCUUCAACGCGUCGGUAUCGUCGAUAAAAGGGGUCGACUUGUUCUAUCGUAA